AUGGAUUGGGAUCCAUUCUCCUGGGUCUGUAGGGCAACACAGCCAGUGCCUCAGGCAAAAGUGCUAGGGGCUGAUCACAUGGGGCCACAAGUUGUGGAAUGGGUGGAAGUUCUGGCUAAUUCUGGGGAACUUGAACUGGUACCGGAACCUCUGGCCGAACUGGACCCUCAUGCUCUUGGAUGGGAAGGGCUCCUUCCCUCUGCUCAGCUUGGAUUUCUCUACGCCUUGGUACUCGAGUUAUCUGUGCAAUGA